UUGCACCUGUAGUGGCCAAUAUAUUUAUGGAGUGGGUGGAACGCGAGUUGGUCGAUAAAAUGACGUAUAGACCGCGUUUUUGGCUGCGUUAUGUGGAUGAUGUGUUUGCCAUUGUAAACAGGGAUGAUUUGGCCAUAAUAUUCCAGUGUCUCAACAGUCUACAUGAGAAGGUUCAUUUUACAAAAGAGGAAGAAAAAGAGGGCGGUCUGCCAUUUUUAGACGUGAUGGUGAUCCGGGGGUCUGGUGGUGAAUUACAUACAACGGUGUAUCGAAAACCGACUCACACCAACAGAUAUCUCCAUGCGAGUUCGCACCACCAUCCGUCGCAGAUAUCGUCGGUACCAAGAAGCCUCAUAAAUCGAGCCCUAAGUCUUUGUGACCCACCCUAUAUUGAGUGCGAACUAAGAGUGGUGAGACAGGCGCUGGAGAACAAUGGCUAUAGUUGGCGUCAGAGUUCCAGAUGGGCACAAACAACAACUAGGCGGAAACCGUACUGUGUGAACCGGUCACCAGUGUACUUAACAUAUGUGAAGGGCGUGACGGACAAAAUCAGCCACUAUCUCCAACGGAGAUUUGACAUAGUGACGCGGUUUCGUCCACCUGCACUGGUGAAGAGUAUACUGCGAUCGCCUAAGGAUAGGGAUCCGCUGAACGUGCCCGGGGUGUACAAGAUUCCGUGUGACUGUGGUAGAUCAUACAUCGGUGAGACUCGCCGUAACAUCACCACAAGGGUAAAAGAACACAUACGGAGCAUGAAGAAUGUGGACACGGACGGUUCAGCAAUAGCCGAGUAUGUUCUAGCUUCGGGUACGACUCAUUAUAUCCGUUUUGAUAAGGCUUCUGUAUUGUCAAGGGAAAAGUUUCUAGUACCUCGUAAGAUACGUGAAGCGAUAGAAAUUAGUCGUCACCCGAAUUUUAAUCGAGAUCAUGGAUGGUUGCUGCCCACAGCGUGGAAACCGCUAUUUCUUUCAUUGUCACAUACAACAAACUUGGAACAAGAUAGCAUUAGUUCGGUUUGCUUACAAGAAGACGAGUCUAAUGAAGAUGACAUUAAUGAACCGUCGGAGAGUGUAACGGAACCUUCACUCCCCACCACUCAACCCCUCUCCGCGCGCGCAAUGCGUGCAGCAGCGCGUCGCGCAGCCGCUUCGCAGUUUGGAUCGUGCCGCGAUGCAAGAACCAGCUCAUGACUAAGGGCCCCGUAUGGGUUCGAAACUAGUCGGGCAUACUCCGACGUAAUAUCACGAAGAAAUUUAAGAGUGACAUAAAAGUACUGAGGAACAGGAUCGACGAACUGUACGAUAUCGUGAAGGAGGGCAAGGAGGACUCGGUCUCCAAGAGUGACGAGGCCCGCGACGCCGAGUCCUGCCACUCGGGAUUCUCUUGCUCGUCCAAGGUACUUGCUCUAUUCGUUAAAGGUCCGUUACAAAGUUACCUGAUAUAUCAUUGGUUCUGACUCUGACAUAAACUCAAACUAAUUAGGUAAGACCCUGCCUCGAUAGACGUUACUUUUCUGGCGUAUAAGAAUAUGAUCAACGAUCUAAUACGAUUAUUAAUACAGUCUCUAUAGAAUCGAUGUUUCAUAUUUGUAAGCA